ACCCUAAGAAGGGUCCAAUUACCCUAGUUUAGGGUAUUUUACCCUAAAAUGGAAGCACUGCUCAAGAGUCAAGCCAGCCAAACUGAUUCUAUACAUAGAAUGUUUUACAGAAAACGGAGCACAGGCAGUACAUAAAGGACAUACUAACAUAACACAACAUCAUCACAAAGCAACUUCCUCGUAAGUGACAUAGGUAAUUGAAUCAAGAUACAGUUACUGAGAAGUUAUUAGAAUUUUAUAUAAACACACACACACACACACACACACACACACUAGGUGGCAGAAGUGUGGUUCGUCCCAUCGAGGUUAUAGUGACAGACAGAAACAGACAAAACAGACAAGCAGAAGCAAGAAAACACACUCGAGUUGAAAUACCUCGCCAGUGGUUUAAUCUACCCUCCCUUCUACUAUCUAACGUGACAUCCCUAACGAACAAAAUGGACGAAUUAAUUGUAGCGGUGAGAUCAACCCAUGCAGACAUUGUGCCAAUCACUGAGGCGUGGCAAAUAGUACCGGAAGGGUGUAUGGUGCAAGACUUUCAACUCUUCCACUAUCUAAUAUCAGAGAGAAGAGGUGGGGGUGUGGCUGCUUACUGCCGCUCCACCCUCAGUCCCUCUCACCUCCCGGUGGCUGUCCCCCCCAGGAGUGGAGGCCCUAUAGGUACGAGUGACUCCAUCCUCCCACCCCCGAGACGCAGCAUUAAUCAUCCUCUGUGUUGCAUACCACCCCCCACGUGCCCGCACAGCACACCUACUCACUGAGCACAUGAUAAACACGGCUGACACUCAGAAUGAAAUAUCCUGUUGCCAAGCUGGUUAUCUGCGGAGAUUUUAACAGACUAGAUGUGAGUGAAAUUCUACACCAGUUACACUUAACCCAAGUCGUUGACUUCCCCACGGUCCAACAAGCCAAACUCGACCUUAUCAUGACUGACCUACAUCAUUACUACUCCUUCUCCCACCCUCUACCCCCACUGGCACGAAGCACCCACCGCUCCAUCCUGUGGUCACCCGCACCCACCACUUCACCCCCGCACUCCAAGGUCAUCAAGACCUACCGACCUAUGCCUGACUCUUCCCUAAGGUUGUUUGGACAGUGAGUAACCCAACACCCUUGGAAUGAGGUGCUACAAAUGGAAGACGUACAUACCAAGUGGAGCAACUUUGUUUCCACCACAUCAGCAUCCUUACACCACUACUUCCCAGCAAAGAGCGCCACAGUGCACCCAUCUGAUGCCCCGUGGAUGACGCUCCGCAUUAAAAGGCUCAUCAAACAGAGAAAAUGGGCCUUCCAUACCUGCUCCAUACAAUACAGGAAGGAACAAAGUGAUACGGGAGAUAAAGAUAACGAAAGCAAGUCAUUACCCAAACAAAAUUCAUCAACUCAAGCUCAACAACAACAGACAGUGGUAUGAUAAGAUUAAGGCUUUGUGUGGUCUACAAAAACAGUCCUCUCCUUUUCCUUGUACCUCACACCCCCCCACUGAGUCAGCAGCAGACGAGAUGAAUAGUCACUUUGCUACAAUCUGUCAAACAUUCCCGCCCCUUCACCCCUCAAGUCUCCCUGCUUACCUCCCUGCUCCCUCCCCUCCUCCAGCUGUCCAGGUGAUGGAUGUCUACAAGAGAAUUCUGAAACUCAAUCCUCAGUCAACCAUCCCUACUGACCUAACCCAUUAAGAUCUACAAAGAAUUUGCUCCAGAACUAGCCACCCCUCUCUGCUCAAUAAUAAAUGCAUCUCUCUCACAGUACUCAUGCCCUGUCGACUGGAAAACAUAAUUUGUCACACCCAUUCCUAAAACUGCCAGCCCACAAUCUCUAAGUGACCUUAUGCCAGUCGCUAUCACACCCAUCCCUAGCCUCAUCUGUGAAGAAUUUGUGUUUGACUGGGCAUACCACAAAAUCAGUUCCUCCUUAGACAUUCAGCAAUUUGGCAAUAUCAGAGCCACCUCUACCUCUCACUACCUAGUCAGCUUCCUUGACUUCAUUCAUACGUAGUCACCUGGACAAACGGAACACCUCUCUAGCAGUCGCUUUUGUGGACUUCAAGAAAGCUUUUGAUCUGGUUGACCACACUGUUGUCAUUAACAAAGCCAUCAGUCUGGGUCUUCUCUCUCACCUGAUAGCAUGGCUGGUUAACUUCCUCACGGGACGCCGGCAAGCUGUACGUUUUCAAAAACACACAUCCCCUUACCAACAACUAACGUGUGGCGUCCCUCAGGGCACCAAGAUGGGUCCACUCUGCUUCCUGAUACUGGUUAAUGACGCUCUGACAAAAACCCCUCACCGCUGGAAGUAAGUGGAUGACUGCACCGUGGGUGUGUCACUCCACAACAAACACCCAGACUACUCAGCACUUCAAACAACGUUGAACUGCCUGCAGGAGUGGUCGGAGGAAAGCAGGAUAACAAUCAACUACACCAAAACUGUAGUAAUGCAUAUCUGCACCGCGCCCCCUCAACUAUCCGUGGGUCCUCACCCCCUCCAAGUAGUUCGGUCAGCCAAGCUGCUCGGAGUCACAGUGGACGAUCAGCUGACAUGGAAAUUACACGUUACUGCCACAGUGAGAUCGGCAGCCCACAGACUCUACAUGCUGCGCAGACUUAAGUCACUGGGCACACCAGCUGAUGAGUUAAAGGGGAUAUACAUCACCUUCAUCCUGCCCAAACUUAUGUAUGCAUCACCUGUAUGGUCUUCCUCCCUCAUCUCCACUCAACAGCAACAACUGGAAAAUGUCCAUAAAAGGGCCUGCAGAAUCAUACUUGGCCCUGCCUACACUGACUAUGAUCACGCCCUAUCUACCCUCGAUCUCCGCACACUGGCAACCAGACACCAAGCAGCCCUCGUCAAGAUGGGUAGAGGCCUGCUGCGCCACUCACGGCUACGGCAUCUCCUCCCCCCUGACGCGCCCCAGCCAAUCCAUGCCACACCACACACAAACGUGGUCAUGCCACUCAAGGCCCCAGGAACUGACCGUUAUCAUCAUAGUGCUAUCCCCUCCAUGGUGCUAGCCAUAAAUAGCUAAGUUAGGUUCUCAUCUUGAAUGUCCCUUAAUCCCCAUAUGUACAUCUUCAUGUAAUGCUAUCCCCUUCAUGGUGGGAACCAUAAACAACCAUAAACAGCUAAGUUCAGGUUCUAAUCUUAAGUCUCCCUCAAUCCCCAUAUGUACAUUUUCAGUAUGUAUGUACUGCAAUUACUAAUAAACCGUAUU